CGCCGCUGAGCUAUCAUCGGGGUUGUCGACGUCCUCGGCUUGUGGAAUCAACUCCUCAAUGCCCCUCAUCUCUCGCAGCUUGGUCGCCCCGCCCUUCUUUGAGGACAAUAAUGUGUCUAGAAGAGUGGGCGUCAUGAUCCUUGCACUGGCCUCUUUGGUAGCCCCGAAUGAGCAGCAAUUCCACAUUGAGCGGCAAGCGAUCGACCAGCCUGAAGUCUGUCUUUCUGACAGUGUCAGUUCCCUUGGCCAUGUACAGCAGGAGCUUGAACCCUAGACUCAGGUGUGUCAGGAAAGUGAAAUCGCGCAAUGAACCCCUCUGCUCCCACAGCUCGUGCGGCGGGGGACUAUCCAGCUACCUUCUUCCGCGUCAGCCCGCUUAUUCUCUUGAUCAAUUUCUUCUCCCAUUUCUUCAUCGCUGGCCCGCCAGGAUGUACUCAUGGGAGCCUCAGGAUUGACAUCCAAACUCCAAGGUCUCGCUGUACAUGAGAGGCGUUGGGUCUCGGGCUCACUCAG